AUGAAUAACGUAGUAGGAAAAAAAAAAUCAAGUCAAUGGUUAUAUUCCUUAUUUAACCCUUUUCAUUUAAAUACCAUUCAAACACCAAGAACAAUACCUACUGAAUAUUCCAUGAAGGAUAUGUCAUCUACUGGAAAUACCAAUACUACAGAAACUGGUCAAAAUGAAAACUCAUUGACUUCAUUAGAUCUAGAAUCAUCAAUAUCAUCAUCAUCAUCAUCAUCACCAUUGAGAUCUUCUAAACGUUCAUCACCUAAUCCUGAACCAUCAUUUCAAAAACGAACCAAACUAGUUAAUUCUAAAUUUGAUGAGGUGCUGAUAUUACAUGAACCUUUAUUUGAUAAAAGUUUACCUAAAAAUUUCAAUAUUUUAGAUAUUAAUAAAAUUGAAUAUGCUAUUAAAAAUUUACAAAAAUCAAUAAAUACAAUUAUUGAAAUAACACCAGAUAUUAUUGAAUUUAAAAAAUUAAAUGAAUCUAAUGAUAUUAAUAAUGGAAGAAAAUUACAAAUUACAAAUAAUGAAUUAAUUUCAUUAUCAUCAAGAUUGAAAACAUUAUAUAAAUUGAAAAAAAUUCCUAUAUUUGAUAAUAUAAUUAAUUCAAAUAUUGAAUUAAAUGAAGAAGAUAUUGAAAAUUUGGAAAAAAUUUCAAAUUUAAAUGAUUCAAUUAUUGUUAAAUUACCUAAAAAUGAAACAAUUUCUAAUAUUAAUAUUAAAGGAAUUAAAAAUAAUUUACCUGAAUUACCUAAAAUUAAUGAUAAUAAAUUAUUUGAAAGAGUAUUUACUCAUAAAUCAUUUGUUAAUAAUAAAAAUUAUCUUAAUAAUUCAGAAUUACUUAAACUUCAUAAUGAAAGAUUAGAAUUUUUAGGUGAUUCAAUAUUAAAUAAUUUAGUAACAUUAAUAAUAUUUAAAGAAUUUAAUAAUUGUAAUGAAGGUGAAUUAUCCAAAAUUAGAGCAUCAUUAAUAUGUAAUAAAACAUUACUUAAAUUUGCAUAUGAAUAUGGAUUUGAUACAAGAUUAAAAUCAUUUAUUAAUAAAGAAGCAAUUAAAUCCGGAGAUCAAAAGAUUUAUGCUGAUGUUUUUGAAGCAUAUAUUGGAGCUUUAGGAAUUGAAAGAGGUAAUGAUUUAAAAGAAGUACAAGAUUGGUUAAUAAAAUUAUUUGAACCAUUAAUUUUUGAAUUAAAAAAAGAUUUAAAUAAAGAACCAUUAGAUAAUAAUGCUAAAUCUGAAUUAUAUUCACUUAUUGGAAGAACAGAUAUGCACCCACAAUAUAAAGUUAUUGAAGAAGGAGAUGGAGUUGAAAAGAAAUUUAUAGUUAGUUGUAUGAUGAAUGGUGAAGAAAUUGGGAAAGGUGUUGAGAAAAGUAUUAAAGAUGCUGGGAUUAGAGCUGCUAUGGAAGCACUUAAAAAUAAAGAAAUGUUGGGGAAAUAUUUUCUAGAACGUCAAAAGAUUGAAAAACCAGUUAAACAAGAAAGAAUGAAGAGGGAAUUGAUGAAGAAAGAAGCUAGAUUGAAAGAAAUGGAACAAGAAAGAAUUAAUGAAAAAUCAAAUUUACCUUCUACACCACCAUCACCAAUUAGAACAGAUAUGUUUCCUAUAAAAGUUGAUUUACAAGCACCUAUUGAUAGUGAUAGUAAAGGAGAAUUGUAUGGUUUGAUUGGUAGGAAAAUUGGAGAUAAACCAGAAUAUAUUAAUUGUACUGAUAGUGAAGGUAAUUUUAUAACAGAAUUAAGAAUUCGUGGUAUUCUUAUAUGUACCACAACAGAUCGAUCCAAAAAGAAGUCUAUGGCCAGAGCAGCCCUGACAUUGUUGAAUAACAAACCAGCAUUAGAGCAAAUAUGCAAAGAUUUCAGAACCAAAGACAAAGCGAUGUGA